UCUACUAUUCUAUGAUUCUAUGAUUCUAUGAUUCUAUGCUAUGCCAUUGGGGUGGCUACAGCACUGACCUUCCUGGCUGGAGUUUAUCAGGUUCUAAUGGGAAUCUUCCACUUGGGCUUUGUGUCGAUGUAUCUUUCAGAGCCAGUACUUGAUGGCUUUGCAACGGGUGCUUCAGUAACCAUUCUAACAGCUCAGGUUAAGUACCUUGUUGGCAUCAAAAUCCCUCGGGCCCAGGGAUACGGUGUCUUAAUCACCACCUGGGUUAAUAUUUUCAGCAACAUUUCCCAGGCUAAUGUCUGCGAUGUGAUCACAAGCACGAUAUGCAUCACAGUGCUGGUCACUGCCAAGGAACUAGGGGACAGAUAUAAGGACAGGCUCAAGGUUCCUCUUCCUACAGAGCUGAUAGUGAUUGUGAUGGCAACACUGGUUUCCCAUUAUGGACAGCUGAAGGAAAUGUAUGGCUCCAGUGUUUCAGGCGAAAUCCCCACUGGAUUUAUUCCUCCCCAGGUGCCCAGCUUGACUCUCAUGCAGAGAGUUGCUGUCGAUGCCCUCCCUCUUGCCAUCGUUGGCUUUGCCUUCACCAUUUCACUCUCAGAAAUGUUUGCCAAGAAAUAUGCCUACACGGUCAAGGCCAACCAGGAAAUGUUUGCCAUCGGCUUUUGCAACAUCAUCCCGGCUUUCUUCCACUGCUUUGCCACUAGUGCGGCCCUGGCAAAGAGCCUGGUCAAGGCAUCGACAGGAUGUCAGACACAGGUAUCCAGCUUGGUGAGUGCUGUUGUGGUGCUUCUGGUGUUGCUUUUCUUUGCACCCCUCUUUUUCAGCUUGCAGAAGUGUGUCCUGGCAUGCAUUAUCAUUGUCAGCCUAAGAGGCGCCCUCAGGAAAUUCAAAGACCUUCCGCAGCGAUACCGCCUAGACCGAGUGGAUGCCCUGGUGUGGUGUGUUACCAUGCUCUCGUCUGCCUUGAUCAGCACCGAAAUGGGCCUUCUAGUUGGGGUUGUGUUUUCAAUCCUGUGCAUAAUUGGCCGCACCCAGCGCCCUCAUGCUGCCUUACUUGGGCAGAUUGAGAAUACUGUCUUCUAUGAAGACGAGGAGGAAUACACAAACCUCCUGCCUGUUCCAAGGGUGAAAAUAUUUCGCUUUGAAGCACCGCUUUAUUAUGCAAAUAAAGAUUUUUUCCUCAAGUGCCUCCACAACAAAACGGGGUUUGACCCUACGAUUGAAAUUGCCAGGAGAAAAAAGGCCAAGAAGAAAGGGCAGCCAAAUUCUCACAAAGGACUUGAACAUGGAGAUACAGGUUUAUCUCUUGUCACUAAACCCAGAGACAUUCAGGCCAUCAUCAUUGACUGCUCUUCCAUUCCAUUUUUGGACACAGCUGGUGUGAGCGCAUUAAAAGAAACAUUCAAAGACCACCAAGAAUGGAAAGUCACGGUUCUUCUGGCUUGCUGCAGCCCCUGCGUGAUAGCUUCCCUGGAAAGAGGGGGCUACUCAGCCAGUGCAAACAAAAACAUGCAUGAACUUGUGUUUCAUAACAUACACAGUGCUGUCCAAUUUGUAAAAGAGAGGAAGACUACAGCAGACGAUUCAGUUGUAUAGCCCAGGGUCCCCAUAUUGUAUCUUCAAUAACCAGCAGUUGUGAGGAUUCAGCAUUCACUGCAUUCAUGUUGUGGCCUUCAAAAUGUUCAGACUUAGGAUCCUACUUGAAUCUCAACAUACACUAUGGAUCCUAUUCUGUUUUUUAAAUAACAUUUUAUAGGUACUCAGUGGUAUAAACAUAACAUGAGAUAAUGUAAUCGUAAAAUGUAGGUACGAUGAACUGUACAAUACAAGUGGAUCCAGUUUAGACAUAAUAUGACAUCAUUGUUGAAUGUUACAAGAAUGUGCCAAGACUAGCCCAUGACUAGUGUCCUCCUAGCUCUUCCCUUCCAACUUUUUGGUAUCCAGAGUUCAGUACAGCAGUCCACGAGUUACAAACAUCUCACUUACAAAUGAUUCUUAUUUAAGAACAGGGGUGAAACAACAGGAAGUGAGAGACAUCUACCCUCAGGAAGGGAAAAUCAUGCCUGGAAGAGUUAUCAUGGGGAAAGGGUGUCUCCACUGAAGAUAUUAACAAUACUUGUUUCCACAACAAGCCAUUUUUUUUUCAAAAUCCAAUUAUUACAGGGACAGAAAGUGAGGGGAAGUCUUCUGAACAGGGCACAAACAGCAAAACAAACACCACUUUGUGAUAUCCAAAGUGUGUGUGUGUAUAUAUGUGUGUGUGUAUACACACACACACACACAUAUAUAUGGCUGAAGUUAUAUUUAAAAAUGUACCUGUUCAGCUUAGGAACAAUCCUAUAGAAUCUAUUUUGUUUGUAACUUGGGGGCUGCCUCUAUUAAAUGAGCUGGAGCUUCUCUCCCCAGUGCUAAACAAAUCAGUUUCUCUGUAGUUCCAAACCUAAGAAACUGUUGUUUAAUCAAAGUACGGUCAGCCAAAACAAAUCUGGAUGAAAAUAUAGCAUCUAAUUGAUUAAUUCACCAUAACCCAUUUUUCUAUUGCAAUAGCAUUCUUUCAUGUUACAGCUGAGCCAGGCCACAUUGUCCCAGUUCUCUUUUGAAUAAAAUGUAUAUCAGUUUUUUAAA